ACGGGUGUGAUUUGUUUCCAGCUUAGCUCCGGAAAUAAGCACGCGCUCGCUCACAACUGAUAACUAAUUUACCUACCGUUAAAAUUUGAAGGACGAAAAUCUUGGCGUGUUUAUCGCGGGAAUCGUUGUGUGGCAAGUGUACUUGUUUUGCAUUUUUGUUUUUGUAAAACGUAUCAUGUUCGUUUCGACGUGAGGGAUAACGGCGAGUCAGCUCUGAUGCAGUGUCGACUGCAUCUCGGAGCCGAUCGAACCAUCAGCCGGUUGUACAACUUUGUCGAUUGAAUCGCGGACGAAGACAUCACAAACAUGUCUCAGGAACAGGAAAACGGAGGCGUAACAGCGCCGACGACGAGGGUCGAGUUCGCCCUCGGCGAGGAGGUGUCCAACGGUUUGUUCAAAAGCAGCUACGCCCGGUCUUUCAUCAGCUGCGGCAGCAAGUCGCUCCUCGUUGCCAAUGACAACAAUACCAUUGGUUCGGACUUUGCUGGGAACAAUUACUACUCGCUCGGUCAGGGGAACAUGGGGUUUGUCGGUGGCGAGAUGACUCCUUUUUCCCAAAGCUUGAUACCCGAUGUACAGAUGAGCGACGAGGAACACCAGAGGAUACUGAAAGUGAUGGAGGAUCUGAGGCGGGACAACCAGAGGCUGAGCGAGGAGAACACAAGGCUGAAAAUGGAAAAGAACGUCAGGCAGAACAGCAACAUCGAGGUGAUAGACUCCACCUGUCUCCAGAAUCAAAUUUCGACGCUCGAGUGGCAGCUGCAACAGAGCACGUACGACCGGAAAAUGUGCCGCUCGGUGCUCGAGCAAGCCAACCAAUUCCUGGACCGUGUGCGCAAAUCCAUGCUGGCCCAGUCGACGCGCCAACCGAGUUCCCGGAGUUGUCAGAACUGCGGCCACGUGUACAGGAGCCACAACAGCAGCAGCAACAGUCUCCGGGCGGUGCCCCGCUCGCGCAGCGUCCACGCGAUCCCCGAUAACUCGACGAGCGCGGGAACCGAACGCUGCUCGCCCACGCCCAGCAUGACCGCGAGUACCUCGAGCGUCUCGUGCGCGGAGCCGUGCAACUCGUCCUCCUCGCACUCGUCGGUCUCCUCGUCCUCCUCGUCCUCGACAAUGACCUCGUCGAGGAGCAACUUUGCCCGAGCCAAGUCCGUCGCCCAGAUACCCUCGCCGAGCAGCAUCAGCAGCAACGACAGCGGCCACGGCAGCAGCGCCGGCCACGUCACUCUCUGGCGGCGCUUCAAGAGGGAGAAGGCUGGCAGUGUCGACAAUGGACAACCAGCCGUGCAGGACAGGUCCAAGCAGGUAGCGGCCAAGAAGAUGGCCUGCAAAAGUGCCCAGGACGUCAACAGGUCGCAGGACGCCGAGAGCUUUGGUAGGGCGUACAGGAAGCCGAAGGCGCCGCCGGAAGUCGAUCCGAACGAGGUGCCGCCCGAAAAGCUUGCCGAAGAGGCUUUUAGACUCGGCAGGACGGUUCAGUCGGUGCUGGGGAUGCGCGAGCCGGAGCUGUCACGCUUGGGCUCGACGCGCGACUCGCGUCUCGACGCUUCGCUCGAGUACAACCAGAUCAGCCCCAAUGGCAACAACCUCGACGACGAGGCCCAACUGUACUCGCUGUCUUCGAACUUCGUCAACUCGACCGCACUGUCGAGCGCACUGGACAGAUCGAACGACAACAACAAGACCCUCGUACCCGAAAAGCACCUGCAGCAUCGUCCCAGUGCCAUAUUCGCCGCCACCAGUACGCUAAAGCCGGCCGCGAGGCACUCUGCCGACGUCAGUUCCCUCAAUUACAUGACAGCUGCAGGUGGAAGGAGCAUCAAGCCCCCAGAGGAGAAGGACCCGAAGCUACCGAGUAGCCUUGCGAAUAAACAAUUGAAUGGGUAUCACCAGCAGCAAACUACCGGUCCACUUCCCCCGCCUCCCGUUGUUACGCCUGUUAAUGGGCUGGUGGUAAAUUCAACGACCGUCACUCGCAGGAACAAAGCGGUGGACAGAAAAGAACUGACCCUAAAAUCGUUCAAAGAAUGGGCGCUGAACGACACCACGAGUAGCAAUGGCGCACCACUGGUACCAGCAGCAGUGAGACCCCAGACGGCGAGCGUGUGCAGCGCCGAUACUGAGAGCGGCUUCUCGUCACUGUCCUCCUUCCAGGAGAUCGGCCUGCCGAACGUCGGCAACAGUGCCAGUAGUAGCACUUGCAGCAGCAGCAGCAGCAGUAGCAGCGUUAGCAACAACGCGUCGACGCCCCUUAGGUCGUCUGGAUGCCAUACCGAGGUGGGUCUGCCCGAAGUACCAGUCGGCAAUGUCCGCCACAGGCACUGGUCCUCCACCCCAGCCGAGUGCCAAAAUAUUUUUAAAAGACACAGCGGCAGCUUCGCCGCUGGUAAUCGCUCUACUGGAGAGUCCAUGAGUAUCUGGGUUUAAAAAAAAACACAUUUGUAAUGCCUGUCGUUUUGACAAACACACUUUGCCUCGAGGCAGAUAUAGUCAUCUGCUCAAUAGUUUUUUAUCCAUCACUGUAAAUACUGGUUUCAAAAUUUUUUUUUUCUCUUAUUUUGUUUUUUAUUUACUGUUCAACAAGGUAAAGGAUUGCAAGAGUACAGUGCCUGGAACUGUAAGAUUUUGUAACUAAUGGUCGUGCCCAUAGGGACAAUCAAUCGUAAGCACGUGUAGAUAUUAACAAGUGAUGUAUGUGUACUAUGAGUACUUGUCUUGUCACUCGAGAUUCGAGUGAGUUUCAAAAGAUUGCAUCUUUUUGCGAGACACAUUCAUUUUGCAUACGAGGUAUAAAAAAAAAAAAAAAAAAAAAAA